GUGGCAAGCGCGCUGGCUAGCUCUUAUGUAAUGAUGAUGAUGAUGGUUGUUUGCGUUCACUCACAGUCAGGUGCAUGACCUCAUUUAUGGCUGAUGUGUACAUGAAUCACCCUUUUAUUUAAUGCAUCUAUCAUCACUAGACAUAUUUACAUGCUCAAAUAAUAGACCAGGGGUGGUGGUGUAAGACAAAAAUAGCUUUGUUUCAAAGGAAAGGCUAGCAGUAUCAGUGAUGCCCUCCUUGUGUUGAGAUACAGCUUUCUUUAGAUUUUACAUUAUGUAGCUGAGAUGUUAAACUUUUUUUUCCCUCCAACCUUUUGAAAAUCAUUUUUAAGAGAAAUCACAAUUUAAGAAAUAAAAUAUUGGGGUAAUAUGUGUUUAAAGGUCUAUGUAAUGAUAACUAAAAGGUAAGUGGGAUGCUUCCUAAAAUGAAAUAGCUGGAUACUGUAUAAUAUAUCCAAAAAAAUCUAUUAAUUUGUUGAUCAUUUUGUGAUAAACAUCUUCCUUUAACAUGACCACUGCUGUAACAAUUAACAAGUCUUCUCAAACCUUGGAGAGCACAGAACUGAAGAAAAACAGUUGCACACAGGUUUCAUAGUCUUCGCAGAAACAAAGACAGGCUAUUUGGCGAUUGGCGAAAAGAAAAUGACCCCUAUUUAAAGUCAAAUGUUGCCAAAGGGCACCAAUGCCUCUGCUCUGGAGAAAGACAUUGGCCCAGAGCAGUUCCCCAUUAAUGAACACUACUUUGGAUUGGUCAAUUUUGGGAACACGUGUUACUGUAACUCAGUACUGCAGGCUCUGUAUUUCUGCCGGCCAUUCAGGGAGAAUGUGUUGGCAUAUAAAGUCCAACAGAAGAAGAAGGAGAACCUUCUCACCUGUCUGGCUGACCUCUUCCACAGUAUCGCCACGCAGAAGAAGAAGGUUGGCGUGAUCCCUCCCAAGAAGUUCAUCUCACGUCUACGGAAGGAGAACGACCUGUUUGAUAACUACAUGCAGCAGGAUGCUCAUGAAUUCCUGAACUACCUGUUGAACACAGUGGCUGACAUCCUUCAAGAAGAGAAGAAACAGGAGAAACAGAAUGGACGACUAAAGAACAACGGCACUGCCAUCACCACGGACACAGAGCCAGAACAGAACAAGAUCGAGCCCACCUGGGUUCACGAUAUCUUCCAGGGAACACUGACCAAUGAGACGCGCUGUCUCAACUGUGAGACGGUCAGUAGCAAGGAUGAAGACUUUCUGGAUCUGUCUGUGGAUGUUGAGCAGAACACUUCAAUAACACACUGUCUCAGGGGCUUCAGUAAUACAGAGACCCUGUGCAGUGAAUAUAAAUACUACUGUGAGAUGUGCUGUAGCAAACAAGAGGCCCAGAAACGUAUGCGUGUGAAAAAGCUGCCCAUGAUCUUGGCUCUUCAUCUGAAGCGGUUUAAGUACAUGGAGCAGCUGCAUCGGUACACUAAACUGAGCUAUCGCGUGGUGUUUCCAUUGGAGCUUCGCCUCUUCAACACCUCCGUAGACGCUGUCAAUCUUGACCGCAUGUAUGACCUUGUCGCUGUGGUGGUCCACUGUGGCAGUGGCCCAAACAGAGGGCAUUACAUCACCAUUGUGAAGAGUCAUGGCUUCUGGCUGCUGUUUGAUGAUGACAUUGUAGAGAAAAUUGAUGCACAGGCGAUAGAGGAGUUCUACGGUUUGACCUCUGAUAUUUCCAAGAACUCAGAGUCAGGAUACAUCCUGUUCUAUCAGUCCAGAGAAUGAAGGAGUAGAGGGGGAAAGGGUAAGGGAGGAAACAGAGAAGAAAGGGUCAAAAGGAAGGGUAUACAUAAAGAUAAAGGUUUUGACAUUCACUAGAUUCCUUUUCCACAUCCUUACCCCUUUUACUCAGGGUCUCCAGCUGAGACUGAGUGCCAAAAGCCCUCUGUUACCCAUUUGCCAAUGCUACAUCUCCCAUUUUCCCAAUCUCGCUGCACUGUGGGAAUAUAUAUCUUCAAAUCUGACCCUCACGUCAGUCACCUGCAUCUGGAAGGCACUUUAUAGACAAACACAAUUAGUAACAUAAAAGCAACACAACAAAAACCACAACAUAUUGAACUACAAUACUUGUGAAAACUUGAAGGAAUCAAAAAGCUACAAAAGGAGCAAUGGCAACAAUGCUUCUCAUAGACUGUAUUGAGUCCUGGUACUUUACCAUGAGUCGCUGUUUCUGUCCAUUCUGUGCCCAGGAAAGUGCCUCUCACCCUGGGUAUUUGAAAACCAGGAAGAGGAUUUCUCUCUUGAUCCCUUUCUUAAAAGUCAGGGAUCAGGGACCCCAUUUAGGGUCACUUUAGAGUUUUUGUACUGUGAUGCGCACCCAUUUGUCUCAUUCGUUCAACUUUUCAGAGACCCCUACCUACCCUCAGUUGCCAGCCAGUCAGCACAUCCUAGUUCAGUCCUGGUAACUGAGCUGUAUGCACUGUGUUACAAUUAGCUUUGGAUUUAGGUAUGCUAAAUGAGAAUUUUGACUCCAAGCUGUCUGUAACACGAGUUUUUGUGGGUGUAUUUCUUAUGCAAGGAUUUAAAUGCGUGCAUGUGUUAGUGGUCGACCUAUAUCGUUUUUUUUUUAUUGUUGAUACCAAUAUCUAGAAUCUAGACAACAGUGGCAAAUAUAAUGGCAAGGAAAAUAAUACAAAUUAAAGGUUUUAUUCUACAUGGAGAGGGUCCAUGAGGGCUGCCAUGUUAGGAUCACAUGGCCAGCCAGUACUACUCACUUAAUCUAUGUAAGCAGUAACAUGCUGAUAUUGGACACUUCCACUCAUGGAUUAAAUUAAUCAUGGCCGACUGUGAUUUUCUACCAUUUCUAUAAUGGCAUUGGUAACUGAAAAUGAUUGCGUUUGAAUGAUGUUGCAUCUAGGGGUCAGUGCAAGUCCAAGAUGUUUAAUGAUAACAAAUAAGAUUUAAAUGUACACUUAUUUUACACAAUAUUUAAUUAUGGAAAAAAAAAACAAUUUGCAAAACAGAAAAUGUGCUUUGACAAGGCUGUCGAUCAAUAAUAUCAGAAUUGCCAAAUAUCAGCCAACUAAUCGGCCUGGCUAAUAUAUCGGUCUGUCACAAGUGUGUGUGUGUGUGUGUGUGUGUGUGUGUGUGUGUGUGUCCGUAUAUAGACUAGACUCCUUUUUAUUCAAAAGUAGAAGCACUCAUGUAACCAAGUAGAUGGUUUGAAUUAACUGAAGUUGAUCCUGCCCCAUCACUUGAAAGAGAAAAUUAAAAGAAAGAGCUGUCCUAUUAAAGGCUUGUUCUCUUCCAGUAACAAAACUAAAGUGCAGAAACACAAUGCUGAAACGCUGCUUUCCUCACCCUCUCUGUACUUACUGCAUUCUUUUCUAACACUGUUGUUACCUAACUUGCUCUGUAGGUAAUGGCCUUACAUUGAAGUGUGCAUUAGCAACCUUGCAGGCAGCUCUGGUUUAGUUUGUUGUGGUUUAGUUCAGUCUAGCUUUACUGUUGUGUGGUACAUCCAAUCUUUUGAGCUGAAAUCUGCCUAGCCCACCUGAUGUCUUCCCAGUUAGACAUGAGUCAGUGCUUUUGUCCUGUCCAAAUGAUAGUGUACAUGGCCACUGAACUGUCAGCUUUAUUUCCUUGAUAAUGAAGAAUACAGUAGGAUUCUAUCCAUGAUUGUUCUUUUUGUUAAAAACGCUUAACCUUGUUUGUACAUUUCUGUAUUGGUCAGCAGUACAGUACAGUGGCCGGACUCAGAGUCAUUACUAAAAUUCACUGGGACAAACUUAUGUUUAUAUGUGGGCCCCUUUCUACCCCAAUGAGUAGAUAUCUUCAUUCAGUAUGUUUACAUGCACUUUAAAAGUUCAAUUUCAGUCAGACUAAAACAAUAAUUUGUCUUUUGUAAUUGUCAUGUAAAUGCUUUAGUCUAACUGAAAUUGUACCAGUUUGAUUUUUGCAAAGUCGGACUAAAAGACCUAGAUAAUGCAAUUGUAGCUUUGCUUUGUCCAGAAUGUAUACACCUUAAACGGAUCACAAUAGGCUUCGUCAUUGACAAAGUUCCUUUCAAGUCAAGUCAGUCCUCUUUGCUGCCAUCUUUGUAAUGCUCCCAGGCAGCUAUUUUCCAAGGAUACGCAGCAUAAUAUUACAGCUCCUUUCUACUUCAAUUGGGAAAGACCAAAAUCUCCAAAAAGGUUGUUCAAGAUUAAUCAAAGUACAUUUAAGUACAGCAAUAAAAUCUGACAACAUCAGUAUCAUAAAUUGUGCUUCUUCAGCUCAGAUCAUGGAAAAAAUGCUGUUUUUCAGGCUGGUCCAGCUAAUGCGUAUGCGAGUUCCUGAAUUGGCUGACAGGCAAUAUCUGUAUCUAAAAGGUCUUUGGCCCAUUUAGCUGUAAGGCGGGACUUUUCUGCAUCUGCCAAUUUUCAAUACAAGUAGUCCAUCUUGGGUUAAAUAGUGCAUGCUCACAUGCUCCAAAAGACAGAUGUGACACCCAACAUAUAUUUAACCCACCGUAUUUUCCUCUUCCUUCAAAUAUUCGAUUCCUUCGAGAAAUAUUUGACACAUUGGGUCAUGUUUGAAUAGACAGAUUCAUAGCCCGACAACGCAAAAACCUACUGUAGCUCGAUUACAAUUGCGCAUGUAAACAUACUUACUAAGGACCUUUGUGGGGCCCCCUAAUCACAGCUCACGGGACAACAUUCCUGAUUGUCUCCCUCUCGCAUCGCCUCUGCCGAGCUUCUGCUCUGUUCAUUUGUUAGAAGCAAGGUGACGUGACAUUUCAUUUUAGCAUUGCUGUGAGGUCAUUUACAGUGAUCUGAGAAGUUUUGCAGUGUCUUUUUAUUUGGGUUUUGUUUGGAGAAACUUGAAAUAAAAUGGCAGCAGCCCUGAGAUUACUGUAAUAUGCUCACUAAAGCUCAGCUUCAAAGAAUCUGAUAUGAUGUGGCUGUUACUAUAAGAACAUGCACACAAUUAUUUCAACUUUGUGAUAUGAAUGGCAUUUAUUUUAGAUGGCUUUUGCUAUUUAAGAUUCAUCUUCAUAUAGAGAAAGAACUUUGAGGAACUUUAUCUGAGAAGAUAAAUUACAGGAACAUUAGGGAAACUUAAGCCUGACAAUUGAGGUUUGAAAUAAAUUUAAUAUUUUGAUAUGUUGGGGUUUUCAUUUUGUAAAUAUGUGAAAGAGAGUGGCUUUAAACUGUCACAGAAGGACGUUGCCCUCAGCAAGGUGCAAUACGGGGAAGUGAUGAACAUUCCAUGCUAUGAUCUCAUUUUACACUGAUGUUUCUACAAUUUUUUUUUAACCAAGCUCUUGUAAUAGAAACACUAACAAACACUUGGUACUCCCAUUCAUUCAGUGUAGAGCUUUUGAAAGACCAUGCUGAUUUACCUGGGAUCAUAGAAUCACGCUACUAUACCUACAUUUUUGCAAAAUGAUUUUCACGUGGCUUGCUGUAUGAUAGCGGCAGUUUCUGGCUAAAAUGGACGCAAUAGCUGCUAAAACAAUGACUUUGACAAGGGCAAACUAUCAUUUCAUAAACACUGUACUUUUCAUUUGCUGUCUUAUGACUUCUAAACACUUUUACUGUAGCUCAUGACUUGUAUGGUGACAUUUCAACAAAUGUUGACAUUGUUCAGUUGCUCAACUGAUAGAGCAUUGCACUUGCAAUGCAAAGGACCGGAGUACGAGUCCCGAAGAACACGCAGCUUGACACAAAUUGAAUGUGUCAUAGAAGCACCACAAAAUGACAUGGUUGCUUCAGCAAUUGUGUUUUUAACCUCACAUUUGCUUUUUCUGACACUUUCAGCUAGGAGAAAGAUUUUGUUGAUUUAAAAAUCUGUUUGCGAGAAUUUAUUUUUUAGCACCACUCAGUGGACAUUUCACCUCAGAUCUGCUGCAAUACGUUCAAGAAGCCAUGUAAUAUAUCAUUUUGUAAAAAUGUCACCACAGUGAUUGUUUUUUUUUUUUUUUUGUUUUUUUUUGUCAUGAGAUCAGGUUUUUGUUUGAUUAAGAUAUGUUUAAUAGAGUUGUUUACCAUUUUAUUGUCUUUGAAAUGGUGUUCUGAGUAGAUGUAGCUCUCGACUGAAAUACAUGAUUUGUUUGGGGGUUUUGUCCAUUCACAUUCACAGCACAUUCAGCACAGAUAUUUCAACAUAAUAGUAGAUUAAGAGGUUUGAAAAUAGGAGACUGGUAAACAAUUUGAUGUUUAAUGACAAUACAUGGAGGUAUCUAGAUUUGAUAUUCAUCCACAUUUUCUCAAGAGUGUGAUCUAGGUCUGUAUUACCUGUGAUUUCAAACUCCUCUAGCACAUGGUUUGUUACAUUGUAACAACAAUGUAAUUAUAGGUUAAUGACACUCUACAUGCAAUAUACAGCUCUGGAAAAAAUUAAGAGACCACUGCAAAAUUAUCGGUUUCUCUGGAUUUUCUAUUUAUUGGUAUGUGUUUGGGUAAAAUGAACAUAUUUGUUUUAUUCAAUAAAGUACUGGCUACAUUUCUCCCAAAUUCCAAAU